GCGGCGGGACCGGCGAGGGGCGUCCUCCCUGCCUCCCGUGCGGAUAAGCAGGAUGCACUUCCAGUGGGACUGGCUGUGCUUGGGUGUCCUGAUAAUGAGCUCAGUAACUGCAGAAAUGGAAAACGAAGAAAAUCAGGAUACAGAUAUUGAAGUGGAGGAUUUUGACAAACAAUCUGAAGAUGAGGACGUAGGCAAAGAUACAUCUUCUCUAGGGGUUGUGUACCAGACUCCAAAGCCUACUGGGGAAGUGUACUUUACAGAAACAUUUGAUGGAAUAUUGGCUGGGUGGGUGCUGUCUAAAACCAAGAAAGAAGACACAGAUGAUAACAUUUCUAAAUAUGAUGGAAGAUGGGAAGUAGAAGAACUGAAAGAAAACACAGUGCCAGGAGACAGAGGAUUAGUGUUAAAAUCAAUAGCAAAGCAUCAUGCAAUAUCAGCUAUGCUAACAAAGCCAUUUAUUUUUGAUGAUAAGCCUUUGAUUGUUCAAUAUGAAGUGAAUUUUCAAGAAGGCAUUGACUGUGGUGGAGCAUAUAUUAAACUUCUCUCCAGAAGUGAUGACUUGGAUCUGGAAUACUUUUUUGACAAAACACCUUAUACUAUUAUGUUUGGACCAGAUAAAUGUGGAGAAGACUACAAACUACACUUUAUCUUCAGACACAAGAAUCCUAAAACCGGAGAAUAUAAUGAAAAACACGCCAAACAAUCUAAUGCAGAUCUAAAAAAAUUCUAUACGGACAAGAAGACGCACCUCUAUACUCUUGUGCUGAAACCAGAUGAUACUUUCGAAAUGUUAAUCGACCAAUCAGUUGUCAGUAAAGGAAGUCUUCUGACGGACAUGAUUCCUCCAGUAAACCCACCUAAAGAMAUAGAUGAUCCUAGUGAUAAAAAACCUGACGACUGGGAUGAGAGACCAAAAAUUCCAGAUCCCAAUGCUGUCAAACCAGACRAUUGGGAUGAAGAUGAGCCUUUCAAAAUAGAAGAUCCUGAUGCUGUGAAGCCUGAGGGAUGGCUUGAUGAUGARCCAAAGUAUAUUCCMGACCCUAAUGCAAAAAAGCCAAAGGAUUGGGAUGAAGAAAUGGAUGGUGAGUGGGAAGCCCCUCAGAUCCCAAAUCCCAAGUGUGAGACUGCGCCUGGUUGUGGAGAGUGGGUGCCUCCUAUGAUGAAUAAUCCAAAAUAUAAAGGAAAAUGGAAACCACCUAUGAUAGAUAAUCCUAAUUAUCAGGGAAUCUGGAAGCCUCGGAAAAUUUCCAACCCAAACUAUUUUGAAGAUCUUCACCCGUUUGAGAUGACUGCUGUCAGUGCCAUUGGAUUAGAGCUCUGGUCUAUGACAUCAGAUAUCUACUUUGAUAACUUCAUUAUAUGUUCAGAAAAAGAAGUAGCAGAUCGCUGGGCAGCAGAUGGCUGGGGCUUGAAGAAAUUAAUAGCAAGUGCUAACGAGCCUGGUAUGUUCACUCAGCUGAUGACUGCAGCAGAAGACUACCCAUGGCUUUGGGUUCUUUACAUCCUGACUUUAGCUCUCCCUGUUGGUCUGGCCGUGCUCUUCUGUUGGCCAGCAAAGAAGAUAGAUGAAGAUAUUGACUGCAAAAAAAGUGAUGCACCUAAGCCAGUUACAAAGAAAGAACUAGAACAAGAGGGACAGGAGUUAGAAGAUGAUGAAAUAGAAYUAGAAGAAAAGCAAAAACAGGAAGAGAUUGCUGAAGAUGAAAGAAGAGAACUGGAGGAGACAAAAAGUGAGCUGAUGAAGGAAACAAGGCAAAUGGGCAGGAAGGAUCCUCCUUCAGAAGGUGAGGGUGAAGCUGGUGAAGAUACUGAUGAAGAAGAAAAUGAAGUUGAAGAUGGAAGCCAAGAAGGUGAUAAAUCAAAUAAAUCUGGCUCAGAAGAUGAGAUGAAAGAAGCUGAUGAAGGCACAGGCUCUGGAGAUGGCCCACUGAAAUCAGUUCGCAAAAGGAGAGUACGAAAAGACUAAUUUUUUUCUGGCUAAUACUUUUGGAACUUGAUAAUUGUAACUUUUGGUAUGGCACUUCAGUAGGCCUGACAGCAUGCAAGUCCCUGGGGGAGAAAACAAAAAAAAACACGGGACUUGUUGUUAUGUACCUUCCUAUUUUAAUUUUCCAUCCUCUUUUAACCUUUUCAGACUUUUCCUAUUUCCCUUUUUUUUAGGGAGAAAUACCUGUGAAGAGUUAGCUAAUGUUUUGAAUUUAGAGUAAAAGGAAAAAUGCAGGUUGGUCUUUGGAUUUUAAGAUAAAUAUUCUUAGAAAUGAGUAGGAGUUGGAGGUAAAUUUUGACUAUAAAUAUUUUUAAAGCAUUAAAGGAAUAAAUUAUAUUUUUUUAGCUCUAGCACAAAAGUAGCUAUUUACAUAUUUCAGCUCACAUGGGAUGAUAAUCCAGUUGCUAUAAUCUAUAGCAGUUCAUACUGCUAAGAUCGUUUUUUGUGCAGAGCUAAAUGCAGUAAUACUGUUUUUGUAAGAUGUAGUUUUAGCCACAUUUUUUAUUGUAAAUUAUUUAGUUGAUACUGUUAUUUUGGUAGCUCCCUGUUCAUUUUAGACAUUCAUUACAGUGAUUUAUUUUAAGACGAGCUUUAGAAUAGAAUAUUCAUAGAAAAAGUGGUUAACUAGUAGAGGUCUAGUUUUACUCUUGAAGGCAGAUAUCAAAUCUACAGCAGCAGAGUGAUCCACAGGUAACUUUUUUCARACUUUUUAUAAUUUUCAUGUUCCAAGCCACAAUGGCAUAGCCCCUAUUUAUAGAA